AUGACCUUUAUUGGCAGUCUGACCUAUACUGAUGACCUCAGUGACAAUCUGACCUAUACUAAUGACCACAUUGACAGUCUGACCUAUACUGAUGACCUCAGUGACAAUCUGACCUACACUGAUGACCACAUUGACAGUCUGACCUAUACUGAUGACCACAUUGACAGUCUGACCUAUACUGAUGACCUCAUUAACAGUCUGACCUAUACUGAUGACCUCAUUAACAGUCUGACCUAUACUGAUGACCUCAUUGACAGUCUGACCUAUACUGAUGACCUCAUUGGCAGAGGAGUAGCAUUUCUGGCCAGUGGUACAGAGAUCAUUGGCAGUGGUACAGAGAUCAUUGGCAGUGAUACAGGAAUCAUUGGCAGUGGUACAGGGAUCAUUGGCAGUGAUACAGGGAUCAUUGUCAGUGGUACAGGGAUCUUUGGCAGUGGUACAGAGAUCAUUGGCAGUGAUACAGGGAUCAUUGGGCAGUGGUACAGGGAUCACUGGCAGUGUUGUACAGGGAUCAUUGGCAGUGAUAGAGGGAUCAUUGGCAGUGGUACAGGGAUCAUUGCCAGUGGUACAGAGAUCAUUAGCAGUAAUACAGGGAUCAUUGGCAGUUGUACAGAGAUCAUUGGCAGUGAUACAGGGAUCAUUGGCAGUGGUACAGGGAUCAUUGCCAGUGGUACAGAGAUCAUUAGCAGUAAUACAGGGAUCAUUGGCAGUGGUACAGAGAUCAUUAACAGUGGUACAGAGAUCAUUGGCAGUGGUACAGAGAUCAUUGGCAGUGAUACAGGGAUCAUUGGCAUUUGUACAGGGAUCAUUGCCAGUGGUACAGGGAUCUUUGGCAGUGGUACAGAUAAUAUUGUCAGUGGUACAGGCAUCAUUGGCGGUGGUACAGGGAUCAUUGGCAGUUGUACAGGGAUCAUUGGCAGUGAUAGAGGGAUCAUUGGCAGUGGUACAGGGAUCAUUGUCAGUGGUACAGGGAUCAUUGGCAGUGGCACAGAGAUCAUUGGCAGUGGUACAGAGAUCAUUGUCAGUGGUACAGGGAUCAUUUGCAGUGGUACAGGGAUCAUUGGCAGUGGUAUAGGGAUCAUUGGCAGUGGUACAGGGAUCAUUGUCAGUGAUACAGGGAUCAUUGGCAGUGGUACAGGCAUCAUUGGCGGUGGUACAGAGAUCAUUGGCAGUGGUACAGGGUUCAUUGGCAGUGGUACAGGGAUCAUUGGCAGUGGCACAGGUGGUACAGAGAUCAUUGGCAGUGGUACAGGGUUCAUUGGCAGUGGUACAGGGAUCAUUGGCAGUGGUAUAGGGAUCAUUGGCAGGGGUACAGGGAUCAUUGGCAGUGGUACAGAGAUAAUUGGCAGUGGUACAGAGAUCAUUGGCAGUGGUAUAGGGAUCAUUGGCAGUGGUACAGAGAUCAUUGUCAGUGGCAGAGAGAAACCUAAUUUACCCUGGGAACUCUAG